AUGGCCUCAAAGUUGCCAGUGAACUUCGACGAUGAAUCAAAUGUUGUUGGUAAUAUGAUAGCUUUAGUUGAUAGUGAAUUUAAUAAUAUGAUGAUAGCUUCUGUUGGGAUGUCAUCUUCUACGCCGAUGAUAGAGAUAGAGACAAUAAUCCAUGUGACUGUUGUAUUGAAAGAGGACUCAUAUGCGCUUUCUAUCCACAAAAAAGGAGAGGCCCUAGGCCCGGCUCAUAAACUCGGAUUUGAUGUACAUAGAAUUGCCUCAUGUCCAAAUAAUUCAAGUACACCGAUUUCAAAUUAUAAUACAACGUUACCCAUGGAAGAAAAUUUAACUAUAGUAUCUCCAGAAUGGUUUUACCUACCAUCACUACCAAUAUUAUCUUCUAUCUAUUGUGAGGUUUUAAAUAGUUCAUCAACUCUGGAAGUUAAUAAUAACCAAUGUUUUUUUAUGAACAACUGA